AUGGCAUCUGGGUUCCAGGCAACGCUGCCAUUCUUUUCAAAGACCACCAACAGCCACGGCCACAAGCACAGCGCCAGCAAUUUCUCCAAUGCUUCAUUGCCCAACCGACGAACCUCCUUGGCCUCCUUCCACUCCUCGCGCCCAGAAUCGCAAAUGUCCCAGGCCUCACCACCUCCUUCGAGGUCACCUCUGCCACCUCCUGGGCCCGAAGCCGAUCGCAUGUCCGACCCCAAUUCCCGAUCAAAGACGCCUUCGACUGGAAUAUCCUCGCAGCAUUCUUCUCUCUCCGCACCUCGGCGAACCAACCCUCAUGCUAGGCCUUCCAGAAAGUUACGCUCCCAGUACCCUCGAAGCUCCACCGAAAACCAUGUCGAAUAUAUCCUUGUCGCAUCCUUCGAUAUUGAUCGGGGCCCCGUCAUGGAACACCAGUAUCCAGUUGCGAUCACGGGAGACGAGAACAUGUUGGCUGAACUCAUGUUGCCCGAUCAAGCCCAUGCCCGCAACCAGGAUUGGACAAUAUUCUUUCUCCACAAGGACACGAGCGAAGAGGACGAGGAUAAGGAGCGCAAGAAUAAAGAGAGUCGAAAAAAGAGGCGUAUGAGAAGACGUGAUAAGGCGGCUGGUGUAAUCAACGAGGAGGAGGGGGGAAAUGAGGAUGACCUACCAGAAGAGGAAUGGGACGACGAUGAAGAAGACGACGAAUCGAGCGAUAGCGAACCCGAGGGCGGCGAGGGUCCUCCUUUAAUUUAUGUGCUGAAUCUAGUCAACACAAAACAUGACAAGUCAGUCAAGCGAGGUGCCAUCCCGUUACUACUGUUGGCUUUGGAGGAAUACUUCAAAGCACCUGUUCCAGAGACAUUAGCCAUGCUAUACGACUCAGUCAACGCCAUGGAUUUGUCCCUCAUGCCUAGACUCAGUCUUCUGGAACGUCAUCUAUUACAAGCAAGCGACAACAGGGAUCUCUUCGUAGAGAAAUUCGAACAAAUGAUCCAGAUGCGGAUAGCCGAAGACCAGCGUGAGGAGGCAGCGGAUGCUUCGUUGGAGGCGACAAGGAGUCCAACAAGAAUGACCGGUAUAUCAAGGGCUGGCACAAAGGCCCACGUUGAGGGCGGCCAGUCGAUUUACUCUGUUCCCCGCGAUACACAUGAGUUUGAGAGCAAGGUCAUGUACAAGGGCAUACCGAUCCCUAUCAAAGUCCCUGUUGCCGUCAUGCCGGAAACCGUUGGCGACUUUUCACUCAUUAAGCUCAUCCAAAACUUCUCAGACACUCAUCAGAAAUCACCACAACCUUUCCCGCUGCAUCCGCAUCUCACCACCAAUGGAGCAAACACACAUCCCAUCAUAGUGCUGGCAAAUGCGCUGUUGACACAAAAGAGAAUCAUCUUUAUGGGACAUAACAUGCCUUCAGGCGACGUCGCCGAGGCUGUCCUGGCCGCGUGUGCGCUAGCCUCGGGCGGCAUUCUUCGAGGGUUUACACGACAUGCCUUCCCUUACACCGAUCUGACCAAAGUCGAUGAUUUGCUCAACGUGCCCGGUUUUAUCGCCGGUGUAACAAACCCAACCUUCGAACUCCACCCCGAAUGGUGGGACGUCUUGUGCGAUCUGCCGAGUGGAAGGGUCAAGAUCAGCGCAAAGAUCGACCCUGCGCCUGUGACAGAAGGCCUGCUGUACUUCCAGCAGCAGAAUGCAGCCUUUGCAACCAUAGCAAGCGGUACGACGAACACAAGCCAGGACUUGACGGGCGAUAAUGUCUUUAUGGCUGAUGUUCUGAGGAGCAUUGCAGCAAGACACGGCGAACGUGUGAUUCGGGCCAAAUGGAGGGAUUGGGUUGCAAAGUUUACACAGAUCGCGGCCAAGUUCGAGGAAAGCGUGUACGGAGCUAGUGCCCUGUACAUCGGAGGCGAAGACCAGGACUUGAUGCCGCAAGGGGCCAAUGGGCAUGGAUACGUCUGGCCGGAUGACACAGCCAAGCAUAAGGAACUUGCUGGAAACGUGACAAGAAUCGAAGGAUGGCGCAACACCCGUAGCUACUACAGCUUCAUCCAGGACUUGGCACAGAUCUAUACCGUCAGGCCCCUGAAGGGUCUUGACCUCGCUCAUCUUCAUGAUCGUCUGCGAAUGCAGCGCUUAACGCCUGCACAGAGCAGAGACAUCUAUCUCACGGUUUCUAAACACGUGCACACAUAUGAUGAGAUUUGUCUACUCCUCAGCGUCGCUCCUGAAUCUCACGCAGGGCUGUUCUAUCUCGGACUCGGCCUAUUCCACAAGGACCGCGAAGUCCGUCUGAGAACAGCAGAUCUAUUAGAACGAAUCGCCGACCACGAAGCUGGUCAGCACUGGUGGAGGAGUCUCAGUCGAUUUGAGAAGCUAGCAUAUAUGCGGCUCCGGCGAGAAGUAGAUGCAGAAAUGCAAGCAAAGCUAGAAAAGGAGGGUAUAAGCCCAGAGAUGGAGCGAGUCAUCAGCUAG